AUGCCCGCCGGCUUAGAAAAGACACUUCGCUUCUUCCUCUUCUCCGGUUCCUCCAGAUCUAUCACUACCUUCACAACCUCAUCACCCUUCACCACCAAAAUGGCCCCCAUCGAGCGCAUCACCCUCUUCAAGGUCCCCAAGAAGGAGGAUCGCGUCCGUCUUCUGGAGCAGUACAAGGUCCUCGCUAAGACCGCUACUAAGGACGGAAAGCCAUACAUCGUCUCCGCUGCCGUGGGUGAAUCCUUCGACGACCCUCGUAACAAGGGAUACAACAUCUCCGUCAAGACGACGUUCGCUUCGCUCGACGAUAUGAAGUACUACGAUACCGAGUGCGAGGCCCACAAGGCGUUGAAGGCUGUUGCGGGACCGGUCAAGGAGGAUGUCCUUACUACCUACUAUGAGAACAUUCUGUAA